AUGGAGCUCUGUUUCCUUCUCUUUUCUGAACUGUCCUCCUGUUUUGAUCGCGAGUGGUCAAGUAGGCAACAUCAACAUCGACUAUGCAAUCAGACCAGCCCACCGGGCUACGGACUUUAUAACUACAUGCUAGGAGUCCCCGCUCCACCGACAAGCAGCCCAACGUCGACCAGGCCCUCUCCAACCUCUUUGGACAUUGCCUCGCCUCUUCUAUACACCUUUUGA